GAGGCCUCCGUUGGACACCAGAGAGAGGCCACUGGGUGACAGAAUGAUGCCCGCAAGACCUCUUCAUCCAUCUUUUCUUGGGGACAAAAAGGAAGCAGUGGCUGUGGAUCCAGAUCAGGGUCCAGUGUGCUUUGAAGAUGUUGCUAUUCGUUUCACAGAUGAGGAGUGGGAGUUGCUGGAUCCUAACCAGAGAGCUCUGCAUAAAGAUGUCAUGGAGGAGAAUCAUGGGAUCGUGGCCACUCUUGUCUUUGGUUGUCGAAAGAGGAGACUGACAUUGGAAAUGGAGGGAUGCCAUGAUGGAGCCAAACAAAAUUCAUUCAAGAGAAGAGCCAGGCUUAUCGAAUCACAGGUUCCCCUAAGGACGUCGGUUGAUCCCCGUUAAUUAAUGCAAGCAACCCUUCAGAAAACCAUCCAUCUAACCCACUUGUGUUAUGCCUCUAUUACCAGAGUUAACAAGUAUUCUUCCUUAAUUUCUCUCUGAGGCGCUAAUCCAUUUCUCUUCA